CUUAAAUGUUACAAGAGUGGUUCUGCUAUCAGUUGGUUUACAAACGUAGCGCAGAAUGGCAGGUACAUACCGUUGGGUCCCAGCUUGUUUAAGCCAGAGGAGCAUCCCCAUGGGAGCUUUGAGGGUCGGCAAUGAUGCAGAUGGAGAACCCAUCUACGCGGGCAGAGCGCACCACAACGGGGACUUGUUGCCCGCCAAGGUGAUCCCAGCUAAGAAUGUGGCUUACGUCUGCUAUGGAGGAGAGGAGGUCCUUGUGGAUCAGUUUGAGGUGCUAGUACCAGCUAUGUUCUCCUGGCAGUUCUCUACGGGAGGCAGCGUGCCUCCCGGCGCGGUGGAAGCCGGCGUCACUGCUGAUGGAGAGAAACUUUACUAUGGCAGAGUCACGCACGACGGCUGCACUACCCCUGGCAAGAUCCAAGAAAGCCAUGGAGUAUGCUACUAUCCCUUCGACGGUGAAGAGAGGAGCUCCGCUGAAUACGAGGCCCUUGUGCUGAUGUAAAUUUAGUUCUAAUGUCAUGUUUAACAGUCGCCAUUUGAAAAUAAGUACAAGGUAUUGUUUUAAUUUAUGUACGACUUAUUUAUUUGAACAGCCAGUAAUGCUUAACAGUAUCUGUCAGUCAUUUUAGCUGUUUUGUUGCUCUUUGUAUGAAAAUAUACG